ACAUAAUUUAUUGUUGAUGCAUUUAAAGAACAGAGAAUCGCCUAAAUAAUUUAUUAGCCUCCGAAUUUGCAUAAAUAAUGUUGAAAUCCCGAUUUGCUAUUCAAGUGGCAGGAAAAGAAAAAGCACAAAGGAGCCAAGAGUCAAGCACACCAGAGUUAAGGGAGCAGGGACAGGGUACAGAGGAGACAAUCGGUCUCCCUGAAUAUGCGAAGAGACGGCUGAAGCGCUCUGAGGUCAGCGUCCGAUUGAGCUUUCUCGGCAAGACUGCUGAAGGCGACGGAUACACCUACCUGAAAGCUACAAUAACAAACCUAAAUCUAACAGACAUCAGCGCUAUCAAAUGCUUCCCACAUCUACAAUUCCUGGACGUAUCCAACAACCAUCUACAGCAAAAGGCCCUUGAAGUCAUUAAAGACCUUCCCCACCUCGUCCUUAUACAAGCUGACACAAACUCACUCAUCUCCGCUGCUUUGCCAAGAAUGAAAUACCUUCAAGUUAUUAUUAUGAACGGCAACUAUUUGAAAUCGGUUCACGACGUCUACCAACCAGAAUUGAGCACUCUCGAGGUAGCGGAUAAUAAAAUAGAAAAGAUACAUUUCGACAAUAGAAUGCCAACUAUUCGAUGCCUCGAUUUUCGUCACAAUCAUAUUCAAGAUAUAAGCAAUGUGAAUUUCCCAAACUUGGACAGUUUGUAUUUAGCUGGGAAUAAAAUAACAAGUCUAGUUGGUAUAGAGAAUCUGGUGAAUUUGAGAAUAUUGCAUGUUCGUGGUAAUCCGAUAAAAUUGUUAGACGGUUUCAGUGAGGCUAAUGAGAAAUUGGAAUACAUUAAUCUGAGAGCUUGUAAGGUGCGGACGUUAAUACAAGUGAAGAAGUUAAAGGUGUUACCAAACCUACAAACGUUGAUAAUGAAAGGUUGCCCAUAUAUGGGUGGUACAGGGCAAGACAAUGCUGCAGCGGAGGAAGACGAGGCCGGCAUCCGAGUCGAGAUUUUAGCCACGCUACUGCGACUCAAGAGGAUCAACAAGGAACUCGUCACUCCUGAGGAGAGGGCCGAAGCAAAAGAGCUGAUGGUGCAAUGGCUAGCAGAAGGGAAAGAAGACGAAGAAGAGUUGCCUGAAGAAGAAACCGAGGAACAUGAUGAAGAUUAUUAAAAAUUAGGUAGAAGAAUUACAGAUGUGCCUAUACU